CCGGCAGGGGGACUUGCUGCUGGGAGAGCAGCGGCCCAAGCCGGUGCCAUGGCGAAGCUGCUGAGCUGUGUCCUAGGCCCCCGGCUCUACAAAAUCUACCGGGAGAGGGACUCAGAAAGGGCCCCGUCCAGCGUCCCCGAAACUCCAACUUCAGUCACUAACCCCAGUUCCAGCUCCUGGGAUACGUACUAUCAGCCCCGUGCCCUGGAGAAACAUGCUGACAGCAUCCUGGCACUGGCUUCAGUCUUCUGGUCCAUCUCUUACUACUCCUCUCCCUUCGCCUUCUUCUACUUGUACAGGAAAGGUUACUUGAGUUUGUCCAAGGUGGUGCCAUUUUCUCACUAUGCUGGAACAUUGCUGCUACUACUGGCAGGUGUGGCCUGCCUCCGAGGCAUUGGCCGCUGGACCAACCCCCAGUACCGGCAGUUCAUCACUAUCUUGGAAGCCACACAUCGAAACCAGUCCACAGAAAACAAGAAGCAGCUGGCCAACUACAACUUUGACUUCAGGAGCUGGCCAGUUGACUUCCACUGGGAGGAACCCAGCAGCCGGAAGGAGUCCCGAGGAGGCCCUUCCCGCCGGGGUGUGGCUCUGCUUCGCCCAGAGCCAAUACACAGGGGAACAGCAGACACCCUCCUCAAUCAAGCUAAGAAACUGCCUUGUCAGAUCACCAGCUACCUAGUGGCACACACCCUGGGACGCCGAAUGCUGUACCCAGGCUCCGUGUACCUGCUCCAGAAGGCCCUCAUGCCUGUGCUGCUGCAGGGCCAGGCCCGGCUGGUAGAAGAGUGUAAUGGCCGCCGGGCAAAGCUGCUGGCGUGUGAUGGUAAUGAGAUUGACACCAUGUUUGUGGACCGGCGGGGGACAGCUGAGCCCCAGGGACAGAAGCUGGUGAUCUGCUGUGAGGGGAACGCAGGAUUCUAUGAGGUGGGCUGUGUCUCUACGCCCCUGGAAGCUGGAUAUUCAGUCCUGGGAUGGAAUCAUCCAGGUUUUGCUGGAAGCACGGGAGUGCCAUUCCCACAAAAUGAGGCCAAUGCUAUGGAUGUGGUGGUCCAGUUCGCCAUCCACCGCCUGGGCUUCCAGCCCCAGGACAUCAUCAUCUACGCCUGGUCCAUUGGCGGAUUCACUGGUACCAGUCUCCCUCCCACUUCCCACUGUAGACAGAUUCAUGUCUCUGCCCAGGAGAGGUGGGGACCUGUACUGCUGGCUCAAGAGGCAGGUGGAGAGAAGGCUCCGGGAAGAAGAGUGAGGAAGUGGAAUCUAAGUGGGCCCGGAAGAACAUACCCAUUUCCAUAUACUUCACCUCUCCUUCCACCCUUGUGCCCAAUCAUUAAAAGUAGACCAGUGUCCUGGGGUGGGGAAAUCAGGGAGAUAGAAUGUUUUUGUCUGUUGUUUUCCAUGCACUUCCAGGUUCUCUAUUCUCUCUGGAUGGUUAAGGAGAAACAUAAUAGGGAGAAUAGGGUCAGGGAUGUCGUAGGCAUGAGCCCCUCUCUUUUCCUUGUCCUGGUACCAGCCACAUGGGCAGCCAUGUCCUACCCAGACAUUAGUGCUGUGAUCCUGGAUGCUUCCUUUGAUGACCUGGUGCCCUUGGCCUUGAAGGUUAUGCCGGACAGCUGGAGGGGUCUGGUGACCAGGACUGUGAGGCAGCAUCUCAACCUAAACAACUCAGAGCAGCUGUGCAGGUACCAGGGUCCUGUGCUGCUGAUCCGGAGAACCAAGGAUGAGAUCAUCACCACCACGGUUCCUGAGGACAUCAUGUCUAACCGAGGCAAUGACCUCCUGCUGAAGCUCUUGCAGUUUCGAUAUCCUCGUGUGAUGGCAGAAGAGGGUCUUCGAGUAGUGAGGCAGUGGCUGGAGGCCUCCUCCCAGCUAGAGGAAGCCUCAAUUUACAGCCGAUGGGAAGUAGAGGAGGACUGGUGUCUGUCUGUCCUCCGAUCCUACCAAGCAGAACAUGGGUCUGAUUUCCCCUGGAGUGUGGGAGAGGACAUGAGUGCAGAUGGACGGCAGCAGCUGGCGUUGUUUCUGGCUCGGAAGCAUCUGCACAACUUCGAGGCCACACACUGCACCCCACUUCCAGCCCAGAACUUCCAGAUGCCCUGGCACCUCUAGGGACCACAUUGGGACUCAUUCUGGAAGAUAGGAUGGGAGGAGACAUAAGGGAGGACCCCUUUAUUUGUGACUCUGUGUUCAUGGUGCUGUUUAUAGUUUGUGGAAAGUGGGGGUCCACCCCCCUACUGUUCCUCUUGCAUGUUUCCCCUCAUCCAUGUGGCAGCACCUAACCUUCCCCAUCACAACCUGCAUUAAAUGAAUGGAUUAUUCCUAAUAAUUAAUUAAAAAAAGGUAUUUUUUCUACUAUCUGGCUAAUUGUGUAACUCUUCAAGUGUCUAGGAAGCUAGGAACUGGUUGUGGGGAGAGCAGAGGUCCAAAAGGGGCUGUGUUCUGGAGAACCCCAACUCCAGACAGUCAUCUUAACCCUCCUCAUCUCUGUGCUUCAGUUCCCAAUCUGAGCUGUAUUCAUGCAGUGGGUCCCCAAGCCCCACCCUCUUCUGGCAUGCCAUGCCUAGUGAUAUCACUGCUGUGCAUCUCCCCUGAUCUUCCCUUCUUCCUUUCCACAUACAGCUACCUCAGGAGCCCACUCUUGCUCAUAGCUUGUUUAAAAAGUGCCUUCUAGUAAACAAUUUC